UUAUUAUUUAAUCAUGGAAUAAGUUAUUUAAGUCACAACAUCUGAUUAUUCUGAGAAAGUAAAUAAAGAAGGAAAAGCAGCAUUAAUUUUUGUUGGAGAUGUUCUAGCUGAAACUGGUUAAUCUUGGUGUUCUGAUACAGUUGAAGCUGAACCCACAAUUAAAAAUUAUGCAAUUCCAUAAUUGUAAUAAAAAGGAUAUACAGUCUAUUGGUGUUGGGCAGGAGAUAAAGAAACGUAUAUCAAUAAUAAAUAUAAUAGUUGGAAAGAUUAAAAUAAUCCUGCUAGAGUUUCUUAAUGGAUAUAGAUCAAAUCAAUUCCUACUUUAUUAUUAGUCCAUGAUAAUAAAGAAGCUAUUAGAUUUGAAGAAGAAUAAUUAUUCACUGAAAAUGCAUUGAAAUAAUUCUUAGAAUAAUGAUG